UAAAAUUGAUCCAUAUAAAUACAUGAAAGGUUUUGGAAAUCAUUUCUCCUCCGAAGCAUUGCAAGAUGCUUUACCAAAAGGCCAGAAUACUCCACAAAAAUGUCCAUAUGGCCUUUACGCCGAACAACUCUCAGGAACGGCGUUUACCGUAGACCGUAAGAACAAUCAACGAAGCUGGCUCUACCGAAUUCGUCCUUCAGUUUGUCAUCAGCCAUUUACAAAACUCGAUUCAAAAUCCCAUCAUAUCGCUAAUAAAUUCGGCAUAGGCGACAUUCAUCAUAUUCCAAAUCAAAUUCGCUGGAGCCCUUUUAAUAAACUUUUGUUAGAAGACAAUAAAAAAACUUCUAAUGAUAUAGAUUUUGUUCAUGGAUUACAUACGUUGGCUGGCGCGGGUGACCCAACCAUCAAAAAUGGUUUAGCAAUUCAUAUUUACACCGCAAAUGCAAAUAUGGAUAACACGGCCUUUUAUAACUCUGACGGUGAUUUUUUGAUUGUUCCACAACAUGGAAGACUUGAUAUCAUCACCGAAUUUGGUUGUUUGAUGGUUGCUUCUAAUGAAAUUGUUGUUAUUCCACGCGGAAUUCGAUAUUCCAUUAAUUUUCCAGACGGUCCUAGCCGUGGAUAUGUUCUCGAAGUCUUUGGUAAUCACUUUGAAUUACCUGAUCUUGGACCGAUAGGAGCAAAUGGACUAGCAAAUCCACGUGAUUUCCUAACGCCAGUAGCAUCAUUUGAGGAAAAAGAAUGCGAUUAUACGAUAAUUAAUAAAUAUGCUGGACAGCUAUUUGUUUCUAAACAAGAUCAUUCGCCAUUUGAUGUUGUAGCUUGGCAUGGAAAUUAUGUUCCCUAUAAAUAUGAUCUUGGAAAAUUUAAUACAGUAAAUUCGGUAUCCUUUGAUCAUAUAGAUCCAUCCAUAUUUACAGUACUUACAUCAAAAUCUGCUUUUCCUGGUACUGCAAUCGCAGAUUUUGUAAUUUUCCCACCUAGAUGGGCUGUCCAAGAACAUACCUUCCGACCGCCAUAUUUCCAUCGCAAUUGUAUGUCUGAGUUUAUGGGACUAAUAUCCGGUGCUUAUGAGGCUAAAUCCGAAGGUUUCUUACCUGGUGGUGCUAGCCUUCAUAGUCAUAUGACUCCGCACGGUCCUGAUUCAGCUACCUUUGAAAAAGCGUCUAACGAUGAUCUCAAGCCCGUUCGUGUAGCUGACGGUACAAUGUCAUUCAUGUUUGAGUCAUCAUUAAUGCUCGGCAUAACUGAAUGGGGAAUGUCUAAUCAAGUGGAUAUUCAACAUGAUUAUUGGAAAGCUUGGAAAGAACUGAGAAAUAAUUUUGAUGCAAAUAAAUCAACUAAAGGUCAAUAAAUGCUACAUUUUAAAAUUUUGAAAAAGGAUACUUUAUUAAAUUAGAAGUUUACAAAUAAUACAAAUAAAUGUUUAAUUAUUUUCCGCGUUCUGUCUUAUUUUUAUUGACAUAUCUUGAAAAUCUCAAAACACUUCCACUACGAAUACCUAUCUCCUGAAUUCUAGCUUUAUCUUCCAAUAAUUUUUGUCCUUCAAACAUGAGACAAUAAGUUUUCCAUAUAUAUUUCCUAAAAAAAAAGUAAUGAAAAAAUAAUUAAUAUACGUAUACAUAUUAUUAAGAAAUAGAAACUAAUAUUUCAUACCAACUUAUUUUCUUAUUCCUUCUGCCCUUUUCUUUAAGAUCUCUUGUUACUUGUAAAACAAUUAAAUUUUUUAUAUCUGAAAUGGUAGCAUUUUGUCGUACCACCAUUU